AAGUCUGCCACUUACCGCCCAACUUCAAUCAACAGCACUGCGAUUUCAGUUCAGUUUCUGAUCUGAUCGGCUCUCGCAAUACUCAAUCAGGACCGUCGGUUCUGAGAAACCAAUGGCUGCAGCUGUCUCGACCGUUGGAGCUGUCAACAGAGUACCGCUGAGCUUGAACAGCUCCACUUCCAGAGCUUCCGUACCGAGCUCUUCAUUCUUCGGCUCCAGCUUGAAGAAGGUGAAUUCUGAUUUGGUCCACCCUAGAGUAUCGAGUGGAAGUUUCAAGAUUGUCGCAGAAGUCGAUGAACAGAAGCAGACAUCCAAGGACAAAUGGGCAGGUCUCGCGUUCGACACAUCGGAUGAUCAACAGGACAUUGCCCGUGGGAAGGGAAUGGUCGAUCCCCUCUUCCAAGCUCCGAUGGGAACCGGGACUCACCAUGCCAUCAUGAGUUCCUACGACUACAUCAGUACCGGACUCCGCCAGUACAAUUUGGACAACACCAUGGGUGGGUUUUACAUCGCUCCGGCUUUCAUGGAUAAGCUCGUUGUUCACAUCACCAAGAACUUCUUGAGCUUGCCUAACAUUAAGGUUCCUCUCAUUUUGGGUAUUUGGGGAGGCAAAGGUCAGGGUAAAUCUUUCCAAUGUGAGCUUGUCUUUGCCAAGAUGGGAAUCAAUCCCAUCAUGAUGAGUGCUGGAGAAUUAGAGAGCGGAAAUGCAGGAGAGCCAGCAAAGCUGAUCAGGCAACGGUACCGUGAGGCGGCCGACAUCAUCAAGAAGGGGAAGAUGUGCUGCCUCUUCAUCAAUGAUCUUGAUGCGGGUGCCGGAAGGCUAGGCGGUACCACUCAAUAUACGGUCAACAAUCAGAUGGUGAAUGCCACUCUCAUGAACAUUGCUGAUAACCCAACAAACGUUCAGCUCCCUGGCAUGUACAACAAAGAGGAGAACCCCCGUGUUCCGAUCAUAGUCACUGGAAAUGAUUUCUCAACACUGUAUGCGCCGCUCAUCCGUGACGGUCGUAUGGAGAAGUUCUACUGGGCCCCAACAAGAGAAGAUCGGAUUGGCGUCUGCACAGGUAUUUUCAGGUCCGACAAUGUGCCCAAAGAGGACAUUAUCAAGCUCGUCGACACCUUCCCUGGCCAGUCUAUCGACUUCUUUGGUGCCCUCAGAGCACGUGUUUAUGACGAUGAAGUGCGGAAAUGGAUUGAGAGUGUCGGCGUAGAACAGAUUGGGAAGAAGCUGGUGAACUCGAAAGAAGGACCACCAACGUUCGAGCAGCCGAAGAUGACCCUUCAGAAGCUGCUGGAGUAUGGCAGCAUGUUGGUGCAGGAGCAAGAGAAUGUGAAGAGAGUGCAAUUGGCUGACAAGUACUUGAGUGAGGCCGCUCUCGGAGAUGCAAACAAUGAUGCUAUUAAGAGAGGAACAUUCUAUGGCAAAGCAGCACAGCAAGUGAAUAUACCUGUACCUGAAGGUUGCACUGAUCCAUCUGCUUUGAACUUUGAUCCGACGGCCAGGAGUGACAAUGGCAGCUGCCAAUAUUAGCUCUAUGGAUUUGGUGGGCCAUGAAAGUUAUGGGUUUUUGUUUUUUAAAGAUUGAGAGGAAUUUGUCCAACUUGUAUUCGUAUAAAUUGUUGUAAUUUUAGUCUUUAUAUGAUCUUAAUGAGAUCUUGAAAGGGCUUAGUGUU